AUGAGCGAGGUCGGGCGGCCCCCAGUCGUGGCGGGGCUGCACUAUACAGUGGAACAUGAGGGCUCGCGGCCGCUGGACGACUGUUCCCUGGCGCCGCGCAGCCUCCUCCGACCCCCCCCCCGCACCCCGCCGCCCCCUACCGCGCCCCUCUCACACCCUCAACCCUGCGAGUGUCCUCUCGUGAUCCUAAAGUACCGUGCCCCACACUUCAGUGUAAUCCAAGGUAACAAAACAUCCCAUACUAUUAUUAUCGCCGCCACCCGUUAUGUUCUGUUCCCACGUAUCGACCCUCGUCACCUGCCCCCCCCACCCCCCGUCCCGCCCGUCUCACACCCACCCCCUCCCUCUCUUCUCGUAUCUUUCAUAAUAUCGGGAGUUAGCCGUCUCACUGUUUUUUAUAAGUGGAACAUUAACAAGGAAAAGUUAAAUAAUAACGAGGAGGCUGUCAGAGAUCUGUUAAUAUCCUGUGACAUACAAUCAUUGUUUUAUUGCUCGAUGAGGUCACACACCCACCCACACACACACACGCGCGCGCGCUCCUCCCAGUCCCUGGGGACCCAUCAUCAUGUCAGUGGACAGUACCGUGUGUGUAGCGUGUUUGGAGUCCAAACACCGUCAGCGUGUUCUGUCCCACUGUACCGCGCGUGUGUUGCCGGAGGUCGGCACACCUCACACGUCGGUCUAUGUAUCAGCAUCUCAUUGACUGCUGCCAGUAACCCGACACUCCUUCAGAUCAUUAGCUCGACCGCCGCCUGUAGUCUGUGUCACGUCCCUCCUCCCGACCACAGGUUACGACACCGUCAGUAUACGUUACAGACUGCCAGUGUUAGUGUAGAGAUCGACUCCCACGUCUCCACUGGACGUAGUCUCCUUCGGUGA